AUGUAUGCGACAUCCCCCGAAUUUGACUAUCGGCACGAGCUGAUGGGUCGUUUGCAUAAAAUCGAGCCAGACGUUGAACUUGAAGUAUUAGCCGCUGCACCGCACCACCACCAUCAUCAUCAUCACCUGCACCAUCAUCAGCAUCAUCAUCAGCAUUUGCAUCAGCAUCAGAACCAGCAUCAAGUUUAUUCGCCGCAAAGCAAUCAUAGUGGCAGUAAUACGCUUGAUCAUUGGCAGCAGCAGCAACAACAGCAAUUGCAACACACCACCAAUAAUAGUAGCAGUAGCAGCAAUCAUGAGCAUGCAACUUAUGUUCAACACUCAUCGGCAUCUGCGUCCGUGGUCGUAUCUGCGUCAACAACAGUCGCUGCACUACCGCAACCAUCGUCCUCAAGCUCAGCUGGCGCUGUGCCACCACAAACUGCCACAUCAUCAUCCUCAGUAUCCGCCUCUGUUAGUGAUAAUCCCGCCGACACCUCAACCUCUCCCCACACCAGUGCGAGUAUUGCCGCCUAUGCGAGUUGCACGUCGGCUUACGACAAUGGCGCGGCAGUGGCGUAUGAAAUAGCAAGCGCUUAUGGUGCGACGAAUGCCACAGCGUCAGCGACAGCGGUGGCGGUGGCUGAUAAGGAAUAUUUAUUUGAUACCAAAAACAAAGAGGCUCUAUGCAACCCCUAUGCUGAUCUCGAUGAUCCUUACCAGCGCCCAGCCCUGUGGGAGGAUAUCGCCAGCUCAAUACAAAAUAUCGAUCCUGAGAAUGCGCUCAUGUUAGGCAACAGCUCAAGUUCAACGGUGGCAUCGGUGACUGGUGGCACAUCACACUUAGCACUUAUUGGCAGCAGCAGCAGCAGCAGCGGCAACGCGAACAGUGGUGUAGAUGGUGGCAACACUUUGUUGCCACAAGUGAAAAUGGAGGCAAUCGAUGAUACGCUGCUGGAAACAUUGUCCACCCCAUUGCUCAGUCCCAUGGAGAUAAAGACGGAGAAGCCAGCGCUACAACAACACACACACCUGCACGCACAACAACAUUAUGGCCAUUAUCAACUGCCACCGCAACAUCAACACCAUCAACAUCACGCGCAAGCACAACAACAACAACAGCAGCAACAUCUCUACCAGCAUCAUCCCAGCUUAAGCGGGAGCGGCGGUGCCGAUCUCGCUGCUACCAAUGAUGAUGACACUAUAACGCUAAUGCAGUUGCAUCAGCAGCACCAGCAACAUCAUCAGCAGCAGCAACACAUGGCCUCCUCUUUGAAUAGCAGCAAUAGCAAUAGUCCUAAUCAACCAAAUCGUUGCAGCAGCACCGCAAGCAGUCACAAUGCCGAGCUGAGUGGUAGCAAUAUUGCAGGUGGUGGUGGUGGUGUUGUCGGCAACAGCGCCUUAAACGGCAGUGAUAAUAAUAAUAGCAAUAUUUCCUAUCAACAAUAUGCAUCUCAACAACACUUAAGUAGCAGCAAUAAUUAUCUCAAUGGUGGUGGCGGAGGCGGCUGCAGCAACAGUGGACUUGUGGCCUCCUCCUCGGCGAAUGUGACGAUCAGCACGUCCGUAACGCUGACCAACUUAACAGCGGCUACGACGCUGGACGGCAGUGCGAGCAAUAAUAACAACAAUAAUACAACAAUGAAUAACAACUUGCACGAGAGCUACGGUUAUAGCUGGCAUAGUAAUCAGCCGUAUCACCCCAAAUACCAAAUACCGCCACCACCUCUAACAAACUCAACGCUGCAUCAACAACAACAGCAGCAGCAGCAACAACAACCAUCUCAAUCAAAUCCGCAACUUUGCCCACCUGCAGCACCAACAGCCGCCAGCAUUAGCAGCAAUUCAAUGUCAACGCGACACAUAUUUGUACCGCCAUUAACACCGCCCAGUUCAGAUCCCGGAAGUCCGGGUAGUUCAAUGGUAGCCGCAGCAGCAGCUGCAGCAGCAGCGGCGGCGGCUGCGGUAGCGGCGUCAAGUGGCAAUACGCAACAACAAUCAGCACGACGCACCACGCCCCCGCCACCUUAUCAACAACAACAACAACAAUUGCUGCAACAGCAGCAACAACAACAACUACAACACCAACACCACCACCAGCAGGGUCGUCCACUUUCAAGUAUUUGCCCCAACAUGACGCCACUGCACUCCUCUGUGCACCAUUUAAGUCCAGGGCGUACGCUAACUCCACUCAGCGCUAACGGUAUUGGCGCAGGCAUCGAUAUUGGCAGUGGAUUUCAUGGUAUCAACAGCAGUGGUAGCGGUGGUGGAGUUAUGGGUAGCGGUCGGGGACGAGGGCGAGGUGGUGGUGCCAGUGCACCGGCACACCUGGCAAAUCUGAUUGUGCCGACGAUACGCUCGGUGCGCUACAAUCGGCGUAACAACCCGGAGUUGGAGAAGCGGCGCAUACAUCAUUGCGAUUUCGAGGGUUGUUCGAAAGUCUAUACGAAGAGUUCACACCUGAAGGCGCACCAGCGUAUUCAUACGGGCGAGAAGCCCUACACCUGCCAAUGGCCCGAGUGUGAAUGGCGUUUUGCGCGCUCCGACGAACUGACGCGUCACUAUCGCAAACAUACCGGCGCCAAACCCUUCAAAUGUGUUGUCUGCGAGCGCAGCUUUGCGCGUUCCGAUCACUUGGCACUGCAUAUGAAACGACAUUUGCCCAAAAAUAAAUAAUGCGAAAUGU